AUGACUUCAGCCGUGGAUACUCUUUCGUCCAAGCUCGAUUCGCUGAGGCUGCAGGCUCCUCCUGCCAUUCCGGGCUCAUUUCCAGACUACAACACCGUGGACCUGUGCAGAAACUACAUUGCCAACCAGCUGUCUGAACUGACCGGUGUUGACGCCUCGAUCGCAUACCAGAGUCUGGAGUGGUCCCUUGUUCUGGAAAAUGGAGACCUGAUCGUUCCUCUUCCUCGUUUGAGAUUGAAGGGCGAUCUUGUUGCUCUGGCCAAAGAGCUCGCUGAGAAGUUUCCCCUAGGCGGCUAUCUCAAAAGAGUGCAUCCUGAGGGCAAGUUCCUGCAGUUCUUCUUCAAUCCAGAGUUUCUAUUGAAAUACGUGGUCAAGGACGUUCUUGAACGCAAACAGGACUUUGGUUCUUGUCCGCUGGGCAAAGGCAAGCGUGUUGUGAUUGAGUUCUCCUCCCCAAAUAUUGCCAAGCCGUUCCAUGCCGGCCACCUGCGUUCGACCAUUAUUGGUGGUUUCCUGUCCAACCUGUACGAGAAGCUCGGCUGGGAGGUCAUCAGAAUGAAUUACCUGGGAGACUGGGGAAAGCAGUUUGGUCUGCUUGCUGUUGGGUUCGAGAAAUACGGCUCCGAGGCCGAGCUGGAGUCCAACCCUAUUCAGCAUCUGUUUGAUGUCUAUGUCAGAGUCAACCAGGACGUGAAGGCCGAAGAGGAGGAGGCGGAAAAGACAGGCGUUCCUCUCGACGAGGCCAGCUCCGUGGACGGCGCCGCACGUGCUUUCUUCAAGAGAAUGGAGCAGGGAGACAAGCAAGCCCUGGGGCUUUGGGAGAAGUUCCGUGCGCUGUCGAUUGAGAAAUAUAUCGACACAUAUGCUCGGCUGAACAUCAAAUACGAUGUAUAUUCUGGUGAGUCGCAAGUGAGCCAGGAAUCGAUGGACAGAGUGCAAAGAGAGCUGCAGGAGAAGAAUCUUGUGACAGAAGACAGAGGAGCUCUGUUGAUCGACUUCAAGCAGCUGGGCGAGAAGAAGCUGGGGAAGGUGCUUGUUCAGAAGAGCGACGGAACGUCGCUGUACAUCACACGUGACCUGGGAGCCGCCAUUGAGCGCAAGGAAAAGUACCAUUUCGACAAGAUGAUCUAUGUGAUUGCGUCGCAGCAAGACUUACAUGUGAGACAGUUUUUCCGCAUUUUGGAGAAAAUGGGAUACAGCUGGGCCAAGGACGAGCUGCUGCACGUGAACUUCGGCCUGGUGUUGGGCAUGAGCACGAGAAAGGGAACCGUUGUGUUUUUGGACGAUAUUCUGGAGACGGUGAAAAGUGCCACUUUGGAGAUCAUGCAGAAGAAUGCCGAGAAGUUCACGCUGGUGGAGGACCCGGAGGCUGUGGCCGACCUGGUUGGAAUUUCUGCAGUGAUGAUCCAGGACAUGCAGGGCAAGAGAAACAACAACUACGAGUUUAGCUGGGACAGAAUGCUUUCCACAGAAGGAGAUACAGGUCCGUACUUGCAAUAUGCCCAUUCCCGACUGAGGUCGAUCGAGAGAAAUUGCAACGUUGCAGAGGAGAAACUGCUCAACGCCGAUCUUUCUGUUGAAAAUCUCGUUGGCACCGAGGAACAGGUCAAAGAGCUAGGACUGGAGCCAGCGGAGCAAGCAAAGAAACUAGACAUGUUGGCCACUCAGCGCGAGAAAGUGGAGUCGCUGGUGCGUAUUCUUGUGUCGUAUCCGGACAUUCUUCGGUACGCGUCGAAAAACCACGAGCCGUCCACCCUGGUGACGUACCUGUUCAAGCUGACGCACCAGUUCUCGUCGACGUACAAGGUGUUACGUGUGAUGGGCGAGAAGGAGCGGGUGUUGGAGGCCAGAUUGGCAUUGUUCAGCUCUGUUAGACAGGUUCUGAACAACGGGCUCAGGGUGUUGGGCAUCACGCCAGUUGACCGAAUGUGA